AUGCGUCGUUCUCCUUGCCUUGUCCCUGCAAUAUACCUCCCAGACCUCUCACUAACGAUCGCAUCCACAGUCAGCGUAGGCACUCCACCUCAACUUCAGACGGUCAUCCUCGACACUGGCUCCUCCGAUCUCUACUUCGACUCUUCCUCGGCGGAGACCUGUCAAACCUCCGGGCCCGAAUCAUGUCAAGGCGGCACUUUCGACAAGACCAAGUCCGAUACAUACAACGAGUUUGAAGCCUCGCCUGCUUUCAAUACCAGCUUCGGAGAUGGGUCUACCGCCGUAGGUCCGUACGGGCAAGAUAUGAUCGGGAUUGGUGAUGUAGUGGUAUCGCCCGUGCAGUUUGGCCUAGCUGAAGAGGUGGACACUUCGACUGGAUACUCGAUUGGACUGCUAGGAUUGGGAUACUCUACGAAUGAAGCUGUCUCAGGGACGACUGACUUCUACGAGAACUUACCGGAGGUCCUCGCAAGAUCUGGCGAGAUCAACAGCAGGCUGUACUCGAUCUACUUGAACGAUGCUGAUGCAAAUACCGGUACAAUUCUCUUCGGUGGCAUCGACAAAACGAAAUACAAGGGAGACCUUGCCACACUCAACCUCAUACCAGCCGCAUUUGGAGACGGGCAGAGUACUGCAAUCGUCAACCAAUUCAUCACGACUGUGACAGGCGCCUCUGCCACUGUGAACGGCAGAACAAAAGAGCUCUGGUCCGGCGGACGAGACGGCGUUUCUGCAUACAGCUCCAACAACGCCCUUCCCGUCCUCCUCGACACCGGCUCCACCGCCUGGUCUAUUCCCUCAUCAAUCUUCAACAACCUCAUCCUUCCCCAAUUUCCCUACGUCGAUCGCCAAGGCCUAUGUCCUUGCUCCCACGCUUUCUCCUCCGACUCCCUGACCCUCGAAUUCGGUGGCAAAGUCUCCAUCGACAUUCCCGCUCGCCAGUUCAUCGUCCCGGUCAUCAACUCUACCACUCGCGAAUCUGUGCCCUACAGCCGCAGCGAGGAUGCCUGCGCGUUUCUCCUCGUGCCCACCGAUCCCUCCUCCGACGGUUCCCUCUAUGAACCUAUUGGCGACGCCAUCUUGAGAAGCAUGUAUGUGGUCUUUGACCUCGACAAUGGCCAAGUCUCCAUCGCACAAGCAAACGUUAAUUCUACCGACGCGCCGGACAUCGUGACCGUGGCCGCGGGCCCGACGGGUGUCGCAGAGGCCGUGUCAGGGGUCAGCACAGCACCAUCGAAUACAUGGAGCAUAGCACCCGAAGUGCCCGGCGCGACGAGCGCAUUCAGUGUGGUCACGGCUGCUACUCCACUUGGAACCGCGACGGGCGUUGGCGCUGUUCCCGCGAGCGCGCAGGUUGAAGGCGAGGAGGAAGGUGGGUCUAGCACGAGUUCUGGAGGAAAGGGCGGCAAGUCGAAGGGCGCGGCUGCCGGGAGGGUGAGCAUGGGGUCGAUGGAAUUGAAUGUGCUGUGCGGAUUGGCGAUUUGGCUUGUUGCGUUUGGGUGCGGCGUUGGGUUGAUUGUUUAG